UCCCCUUUAUUCUGCUGCUUGUGUUCUCUCGGUUUCACUCUCCUCCAAGCUCUCUCUUGGCUUUAUCGAAUUCUUCAGCCGGCGCCCUGGCCCCCUCUGCCAGUCAUGCUCUCCAGAAAGUAAACUGCGGCAGCGUUUGUGCCACCACACCAUGGCUGGUCUUCCACUUCGAUUCCACUUUCUCACGCUUGUGAUUGGAUCCACUCUUCAAGGCCCUUCUCCAUCCCUGGGGUACAAUAUCAACACAUCUCCCUCAGCUGCAACUCUGUUCUCUUCCAACACCAGCACGCAGUUUGGAUAUGAGGUUCUGCAGAUUGGAGAAGGCCCUGAAGCCAGGAUCAUAAUAGGGGCCCCAGGUGAGCAGAACAGCACAGGCCAUGUGUACCAGUGUACGAUGCAAAGCGAAGAGUGCCAGGAUAUUCCCCUUGCAGGAGGAUCUGGAGUGUCCCACCUUGGCAUGACCCUGGCAAGCAACUCUCAGAGAUCUAAGAUGAUUGUAUGUGGGCCAGGAGUAGCGCAGCACUGUGACAAAAAUAUUUUCAUGAGCGGGAUCUGCUAUCUGUUUGAUGCUCAGCUACAGGAACCCAAGAACAUAAUUACAGGAUACCAAGAGUGUCUGAAGGGGAAUGUGGACCUGGUGUUUCUCUUUGAUGGAUCAGAAAGUUUGAAAAGUGAGGAGUUCAACCUCAUAAAGCAGUUCAUGAUUGAUGUGAUGGAGAAACUAAGGAACAGCACCAUCAAGUUUGCUGCUGUGCAAUUUUCAUAUGACAUCAGUAUCGAGUUUGAUUUUAAUAAUUAUACCAACAAUCCCAAUCCUCGAGAUCUGCUGGCCAACGUGGCCCACAAGAAAAGUACUACAAACACCUUCAAGGCCAUCAAAUUUGUAGCGGAAAAGGUUUUUGUUCCCAAACGUGGCACCCGAGAAGGAGCAAACCGAGUAAUGGUUAUCAUCACUGAUGGAGAUGCCACUGACUCGGACAAUGGAGGUGUAAAGAUUGCCAAGGCAAAGAAGAUCUUACGCUUCAUAAUUGGGAUUGGAAGCUACUUUCCCAAAGAUGUGAGCCAAGCCAAGAUUGCGAAGAUUGCUUCGAAACCCACUGAACGCUUUUUGAGGGUCCUCACGAGCUUUGAAAACCUCAAAGACAGCUUCAAUGAGAUCCAGGGAAAGAUCUACGACAUUGAAGACACCAGUGACAGUGCCUCCUUCUACCUGGAGAUGUCAUCCAGUGGAUUCAGUGCUGAUAUAUCCCAGGGCCGGGUGGUCCUAGGUGCUGUGGGUGCUAACAAUUGGGCUGGGGGCCUGCUAGAGCAGCAGGAAGGUUUGACCCAAGAAAAGUUCAUCAACGUCUCCUCAGCCAGGGAGGAAAUGAAAGCUGCCUACUUGGGGUAUGCGCUGAAGUUCUUACAGCAUCAGAAAAGGGAGCUCUAUGCUGUUGGUGCCCCUCGCUAUCAGCAUGUGGGAAGGGUCCUAGUGUUUGAGGUCAACCCCAGCAUUAACAACUGGACAUUGCAGCAGGAGAUUCCGGGGGAGCAGAUAGGGUCAUAUUUUGGAGCAGUACUUUGCUCGGUGGAUGUGGAUAGCAAUGGUGAAACAGACCUGCUUCUCGUCGGAGCACCGAUGUAUUUCAAAGACACGAGAGGAGGUCGCGUUUAUGUCUAUGGCUGGGCACAGGAUGAUCUUGCCCUCCUGGGGGAGCUUCAAGGAGACCUAGAAUACCCUUUGGGCAGGUUUGGAGCAGCCAUUGCAGACCUGGCAGACAUCAAUGGGGAUGGACUGACAGAUGUGGCCGUGGGGGCUCCAUUAGAAGAUGGGGAGAAUGGAGUUGUCUACAUCUAUAAUGGCAACGAGAAGACUGUGCAGAUGCAUUAUAGCCAGAAAAUUAAAGGAGCAAACAUUUCUCCUGGCUUGAAAUACUUUGGACGGUCCAUCCACGGAAAGACAGACCUCAGUCAAGAUGGACUCACUGACAUUGCAGUGGGAGCUCUAGGAAAGGCUGUGGUCCUCUGCUCCAGGCCCAUCGUUACAGUGGCUCCGACUGUGCAGUUCUGGCCACAGGAAAUCCCAGUGAAAGAAGUGGAAUGUCUGGGGAAUGCCAGCUCCUGGAAGGCUGUAAGGAUCAGCCUCAACAUCUGCUUCAAUACCAGUUUAGCCACUGAGCACUACAAAGGGCUUCUCUCUGCCAACCUUUCCUUCCACUUGGAGAUUGACCGAAACCGAAUGAAGAACCGAGGAGUGUUUGGGAAUGGCAAGAAGGUCAAGGAGGGGACCCAGAUCAUAUCUUUGGGAUCUGUGUGCAUUCAAGAAACGAUUCACAUUCCAAACUGCCUAGAGGAUUAUAUCUCGGAUAUCAAGGUUUUUGUGAAUUUCUCCCUGAACGAUGACAGUAACCAGAACAAGAGGGAUCUCGGGCCUAUUCUGAACCCUCUAAGUAACACAACCACAGUGGAGAUUCCUUUUGAGAAGAACUGUGGGGAAGAUGAGGUGUGUGAAGCCGACCUGAGAGUCCUCUUCCAUGCUUCAGGGUCUGAGAAUCUGCUUCUGUCUUCUGCAUUUGUGCUGAAGGUCGUCUUGGAACUGGAGAACCUCGGAGAAGAUGCUUACCAUGCAGUCCUCCAUUUGUUCCACGUUCCUGGCCUCUCCUUUCGCAAAGCUUCUGUUCGCAACCCCAAAGCUCUCAUCAUCCUGAACUGUGAUGGGAUACCUGUAAGUCAGGGACUGAAGAAUCUCGUUUGCAAUGUCAGUCACCCCAUCUAUAGGGAAAACACAAAGGCUUUGAUUGAGCUCUGGUUUGAUGUUCUUGAAAAUAGCACCUGGGGAGAUAAUGUAGAAAUGGAGGCAUAUGUCAGCAGCAACAAUGAGAAGAAUGAUACUCUUCAUGACAACAAGGCUACUCGCAGGAUCCCUGUCCAGUAUCCCAUCAACAUCAUUGUCAAGGGCCUAGAGACAUCAGUUCAAUACAUUAACUUCAGUUCUGUCCAUCAAGAAAACAAGACUGUGAUGCAUUCUUAUGAAGUGAAAAACAUUCCCUGGGGUGCUUUCCCACCUGCUGCAGUGACAGUGUUUGUGAAGGUGCCAACCACAUUUCCUGCUGGGCUGAUAUGGGAGGUUGAUAGUGUCCGAGCUGAAGACUCUGCGAUUUGUGAACUUGUUCAAAUGGACAACAGCACAGUAAAGACAAAUGCCAUCAAGGACCGUCCUCAUCUAAUUGAGCAAUGUGCAGUUGACAAAUACCACAUCUAUCAGUGCAGCCUUGGACAGAUACAAUCUUCUGUAAUAAGUGUUACGGGAACGGUGUAUGCCACAAGCAAAAUUGAGCGUUUCUCUCAGUCCAGCUUCUGCACAGCUUCAUGGCUCACAUUUGACACCAGAAGAUACUCCAACCAGUACGGUACUCAAUAUGCGCAGUCUCAGGUCACUACAAAGGUAGAUAUGAUUUUCGUGAUGGAUUAUCUCCCUAUUAUUAUAGGCAGUGCUAUAGGAGGCUUGUUCUUGCUUAUUCUCAUCAUUGUGGGACUUUACAAGUGCGGGUUCUUCAAGCGUAAUUAUAAAGACAAGAUGGACCAUGAAGGCGAAGCUGAGAAUGUGUUCCAACCAGAAGGCAACCCUGAGGAUGAUGAAGGAAAAGUAGUACCAUUGAAUGGAGAAGCAGAGAGCAAAUAACCAGGGGUUGCUUCCACACUAGCCAUUGGGUCUGGAAUGGACAAUGGUUUCAACAAUCCAGAUGACAUUGCUGGCAAACUGUUACUGUCCUGCAUUUCUUGUCUUUUUAAUGUGGCUUUUAGUGGUUUUUUUUUUAAACAUACUUAAUUGCAAUGCCAGCUUGUCUAGUAGAGACAGUCAAAAUUGCAAUGCCAGCUUGUCUAGUAGAGACAGUCAAAAUUGCAAUGCCAACUUGUCUAGUAGGGACAAUCAAAAUGCUAUUGAAAUUUCUCAGGGUUGCUGUCCCUUCAAAUUCUGCUCCUUCCUCUCCAUUUCCAGCUUAAUUACUUCCUGUUCACUCAGAAUAUCUGAACUGUUGAUUAUUGAUCUUGGGGUGUGUGCAUGUGUGAAAUACUGCUUUUCCCUGUGCAGUUAAAGCCAUUGCCUUUUCUGUUGAAAAAAUGGUUGUAAUCAUAUUACAAAACGACAAUAAGAAAUAAAAAAGCCUUUGACUGCAAAAAGAAAAGUGCUGCGUAAGCCACGCUUCCUCCCAAUAAUGGCGAAUUAGCUAUUGAUUCAGCAAUGCUGCAGCUGAAUUGGAAGUAAUUAAUCAGAUUUAAAACCAAAGUAAUUAAUUAAGGGUAAAACAAAAGAAAAUUGCAGGAAGAAGUAGGACUUUUGCUAAAUGGGACUUCUGAAUGAAAAUAUGUCAUGCUGCCAUUUUCCAAGGCCAGAGGGCACAGCCCACACCCUUGGCUUCUGUCUGCCAGGUACCCAAGUCCUGUUUUCACCAGGAUGUUCAGACUUACCUCAUUGACUGUGUAUAUAACUAAAGAAAGGAAAGAUGAUGUUUCAUAGCUCUCCUCCAGGAGUUAUUCUUGGUCCCCUGGCACUUGAUCAACCCUAUUCAGUGUCCACAGCAUUCCACAGCCCUCCUGCCUGCUGACUUCUUUCCCUGCAUGGCAGUGAAGGAGUUAACGUCGAGGGCUCUGUUUGUCACAGCCAGACACUCUGUUCAGCUCUUUGGUUGCUCCCCAACUGCCCCUGGAUUCACCCAAUUCCUUCUUUUUCUAGAGAGCUCCGCCUGGUCUUAGACGCGCAUUAAUGACAUCACUUCCGGUGCCAUCCAGUCAUCUGUUUGCCACAGGAACUACUCUGAUAGCCCUGGCAAAGCUCCUGCAGGCAGUGCUCCUCAAUAUAAUAGGGUUUUUAUGUGGAAUAUAGUUCUAUUUUAAGUGUCGUGUAGAGCCAACAAAUUUGUUCUAUUUCAGCCGAUUGUAGAAAAGGAAUAGCUGGACUGUGCAACAGUGUCCUAGUGUGGAAGCAGCCCCCUGACAGUUUCCUCCCCCAAAAUCACAGUCAAGAUACUUGACCUAAUUGUUUGUAGAAGGGGACUUCUCCUGUGCUGCAAGUGAGGAGGACUUUUACUCAUUUCCUUAUUUGUACAACCUAUUGCAGAAAACAAGAUUGUUACUGCAGUUAGUUCGAGUUACCACCGGACUUCUGGAAAAGUACUGUUUUUGAAAGUUCUGAAACAGAAGAUGCCACGUGCACCAUGUGACAAGACGGAGAGGAAAAAGAGUUGAAAGCAGAAGCUAUGGACUAAGGCAUUUGUGUAUCUCUGCUGCCACCUGGAGGAAAGGCAAGGGACUGCUGUGUAUGUACAGAUUAUCAUGGUGGUACUCAGUCCACUGUUUGGAGAGAGCCACAUUUGCAAUUACCAUCAAUCCAAAGGGCCACACCACGAGUGUGUGCCCUCUGUGCCAGCCCACCAAAAACAUACACAUACAAAAAUGUAAGAUAUAGCUAUUAUAUAUGUAAUAUUGUGUAACUAUAACCUUUUAAAUUUCCAGACUACUUCUGAGCAUGUAUGGUUGUCUCUUCCUUAGAGAACUUUGGCCAGCUCUUACAUAUCUGGAGUGAGACGAAGGGCUUCCUUAUCUGCCUUCCGACUCUCUACAGCAUGAGGCAUAGCAGCACAUUGGAGGCUCACAGCUCACCCAUCCACCAGUCCCUGUGGUGAUGGCUUUUUGAAGGGUGGAACCACUUGGCAACCACACGCCCUAUCGGGAAAUGGUCUUGUUCACUUUCCUGGGAGUUGGGGCAGGUGCCACACUGGAGAACAAUGCUCAGAAGAGCACUAGCCUGGCGGCAUGUCAAAGAGCCACAUAUGACUCCUGAGCCACUGAGUGAAUAUCUAUGUAUUAUAAGCUCCUUUCCUAGGUAACCAGCUCAGAGAGUCAGAGGAAAAAUUGGGAAAUUAUGUUCUCCCAGUUCCUUGCUGGUUUUAACCCUAAUGAGGGUCUGUUCUUCAUCUGCUGGUUUCAUAUCUGAUAAUUACCUGUUUCCAAAAUAUUAUUUCCUUAGGUUUGUUGGGAAUUGUUUUACUCUUCCUCUCUCAUAUUAUUUUCCUUGCAAUGUCCCUUCCCCGCCCCCAAAAGUGGUUUUUUAAAAAAAAAUUGAACAUAAUCAAAUACUUCAUGCUUGCCAGAACAUAACUGCUUUUCUAUAGUCCCCACAGUAAGAGACCGUGUGGAAAGAUCAUUUGGUAGCUAAUUUCAUACAAAUGUAGCCCUGUCCAGAAUCCAUAGCAGAAUUAGAUCGUUUUAUCAUGAGUGGAUAUCAUUGGCCCAGACCCUAAGAAUUUGGCUUAUUUGUGUGAUUGUCUAGUUCCAGGCCAGUGAAUUUUGAUUGGCUGACUCAGACAUCUGUAUGUGUACAGUGAUUCUGCUUGCAAAAAUAAGCAUAAUGUUCAAAAUCCCUAGGGUUAAUAUGCAUAAAAAACAUUCUAAAAUAAUUUGGAAAAUGAUUAGUCUGGUCCAGGAACUUGAAGAAUUUAGGACACAAGUGGAAUCAAAAAGAGCAUUUAUU